UUUUUGUAAACAGAAGUCGUCCUCAGUAAAAUCUUUAUCAAAAUAAUUGUCGGAAUGGCUCCAAAGCCAGGUUCAACCCGGCCUUUAUUAAGAAAACAAAACCAAAUUAAUAAAUAUUCAAUUAGUUACUUGUACAAAAAAUAUGUAAACAUUAACUUUUUAAAUUACUUGGUAUUCGAUCCAAGAGCAAUGCCAAUUGUUGGUAUUUUAAUACUUCUUGGCGAGCUGAUAGUAAAUAUUCUAGUAAUACACAAUGUACCGUAUACGGAAAUAGACUGGAUUGCAUAUAUGCAAGAAUGCGAAGGAUUUUUAAAUGGAACUACAAAUUAUGCAUUGCUAAAAGGUGACACUGGACCUCUUGUAUAUCCUGCUGGAUUUGUUUACAUCUACUCCUUCCUAUACUACAUCACGUCCCAUGGUGCAAAUAUUCGCUUAGCGCAAUAUAUAUUUGCAUUUAUAUAUUUGUUGCAAAUAUUUCUAGUAAUUCGUUUGUACUCGAAAAGCUCCAAAGUACCACCGUAUGUGCUUGUACUCAGUGUAUUUACAUCCUAUCGCAUUCAUUCUAUAUACACACUGCGUCUCUUCAAUGAUCCUAUUGCAAUGUUAUUCCUCUACUUGGCCAUUAAUCUAUUCCUUGACCAACGAUGGACCUAUGGAAGUAUAUGCUUAAGCUUAGGAGUUUCGGUUAAGAUGAACGUGUUACUUUUCGCCCCAGCCAUUCUUAUUUUAUACAUUACAAACCUGGGAUAUCUUAGGACCCUACAACAACUGAUUGUUUGUGCGAGUAUACAACUUAUUCUUGGAGCGCCAUUCUUAUUCUCCUAUCCGUGGGCCUAUAUCAAAGGAAGUUUUGAUUUGGGUAGAGUUUUUGAACAUAAAUGGACUGUAAACUAUAGUUUUCUUAGUCGAAGUAUCUUUGAGAAUAAAAUAUUUCAUCUAUCAUUGUUGGCAUUGCAUUUGGGAUUGUUAAUAGUUUUUGCAUCGGUAACGUUUAAUUUCUUCAGAAGCUACUGCAGACUACGUGAACUUCAAAAACAAUUAGAACCCCAAGUGAAACGGAAAAAUUUGGAAGCAAAAAUGAUGAAGGCUAAAAAACCACAACCCAAAAAAGAGUCAACUGAAGAAUUUACACCAGAUCAACAAAGUUUCAUUGAUUCGUUUGAGAAAUCUUUGAAAAAAUCAUCUGGACAAAGUAAACCAAAUAAAUUGCCAGAAGAUGAACAAGAAGAUCAAAUCGAUGCUGAACCAGAAAAAUAUUCAAUUCAAUUUGACAAAUGCACCCAACUGGCAAUAUUACCAUUGUUCUUGUGUAAUUUUAUUGGAGUCAUUUGUGCCAGAAGCCUUCAUUAUCAAUUUUACGUAUGGUAUUUUCAUUCGUUGCCUUAUCUAGUCUGGUGUACAAGCUUUAAUUUGGGAACACGUUAUUUGAUAUUGGGCUUAAUCGAAUUCUGUUGGAAUACUUAUCCGAGUACGAAUUUUUCAAGUGCCAUGUUACAUUUUUGUCAUUUUGUAUUGUUAAUUGGUGUAGCUAGAAAUGUUUUUCAAACCAAAGUUGUAAGCGAAAAAUUAAAUAAAACACAGUGAAAAUCGAAAA